CCUCCUCCUUAAGUGACUCAGCCUCGGAAGGAGAAACCUCUUGGCUUUUCAGACAGCUGGAUGGGGAAGGACAAUUCAGCUCUCUGUCUGCCUUGACUGUACCUCAUUUUCAGAUAUCUACAGGUUGACUUACCAUACUGAGCCACUCUAGGACACUAACUUCUAGAUUCCCACAGAACGACACCCUGCUGAAAAAAAUGUCAGCUUUCAGCAUACGAAAACAGGCUCCUCACAAAAGCGAUAAUAAGAGCCCCUCUGUUGCAAUUAAAAGCAGACAACAGGCUACUCAUGACAGUAACAAACGACGGACCCUUUUGCAAGAUAAUAGCUGGAUAAAGAAGAGGCCUGAAGAGGAAAAUGCUGAUGAAAACUAUGGAAGAGCUGUGCUUAACCAAUACAAAUCUCAAGAUAGCCUACACAGCAGUGCCACAAGUGAAAAGGAAGAUCAGAAACCUGUACUUGGACGUUACAGGUCCGAUACUACCCUCGACAGAAUUCCAGACAAAAGUGACACUGAUAAAAUAAAUAAGUCCCCAACUCUGAAUAAUAAGGAAAGCAACAGACAAUCUUGGACUCCUAAUGCAGCACCCACAAACACUGCUGCAACUUCUCCAAUCAAGAAAAAAAGGCAAUCUUGGCUGCCUCCUCCAGUUUCAAGUAGUAAAACCCCAACAGAAACAUUGGAAACCAAAAGGACCACUUCAGAAAAUUCGGAGGCUCCAACAACGUAUGCCUUUUCAUCAGAACAGGUGACCCCUCCGAAAUCCAAGACUGAGGUGAAUGAUCAAGCUACAGCAAGGAACCAAAAUCUUGAUAACCAACUCAAAGUGAAGCCAAGUUCUUUCACAAGUGACAAGGAAGGAAAAGACCUUAAGGAUUUUACUGAAAUAAAUACUGCUGAUCAGAAAAAUAAGAGGAUAACUGAGCAAGCAUAUGAAAAUCCCCCAAGGGCUCUAAAUAAUCUCCCAGAAACAAACUACUACGGUGACAGCAAAAGGAAGACCAGCAAAUCAUCAUAUGGUACCUAUGACAAAAAUAUAACUGGAAAUACUAUCAAAACUGUUUACUCUACUUCUGAUCGGAGUAUAAUUGGAAAAGAUAUAUGUACAUACUGCAGGAAGCCCUUGGGCAUAGAUGCCAAAAUGAUCUUAGAUGCCUUGCAAAUUUGCUGUCAUUCAACUUGCUUCAAGUGUGAAGUAUGUAAAAGACCACUGGAAGAUCUGAGAGCAGGAGACAGCAUUUGGAUUUACAGACAAACUGUGCAUUGUGAGCCUUGCUAUUCCAAAGUUAAAGAAAAGUGGAUUUACUAAUUUGACAUACAGCGUGAUAAAGAAGUUCCACUAGUGUUUAGUUAAGUGUAUUGCCCUGUUAAUUCAAACCACUAUGGAAAAUGAUUAUUUUUUACUGCUAGGAACAAAUACUUCAAAUGCAGUCCCACUGCAUGGUUCCCAAAGGAAUUAAGUGCUUGAGAAUCUGGGUGCUUUCUAAUACAUACAUUCCAGGAAGCAAAACAAGAUAUUGUUCAGUAUAUUUAUCAGAUUUGUGAAACUACAUGGAAAACUAAAGAUAGUUUAUUAAAAUUUUCUGAAUGGCAGGAUAUACUUACAUGUAUGUUUUGAAGGGGCUGUAUUCUUUUUACUGAAAACACAUCUCCUCAAAGACCUGUUACCUUUAUAUAGCAUGAAUAGGAUUAAUCUCAUCAAAGAUUAAUCAGUUAGAAGUCAGCUAUUCAGUUUAAACCACUGUUUUAAUACAGAGUGAGGUGGGUUCACUCUGUGCCUUUCAGGAGAGACAUCAGUCUGCAGAGGAAAAUUAUUCCCAACUAACUUAAAUGAUAAAUUUAAGAUGGAACAAAUCAUCUUUGGAAAAUGCAUCUCUGUUACUGCAGAGGAAUUCUAGACAAAAAAUGCUAGAGGAUUUCAAUUAGAAGUAACCCACCCCAUGUCUGUAAUUCUGGUAACUAUUGUACACCCCCUUUU